AUGCUCAGUGGCAUUCCACAGCUCACAUAUAAUGUUGAUGGGUCAAUAUAUUUGGAUGCGUUGUCAGAGCAAGAAGAAAGACGAAGUGUGGAUUAUACUGGAAUGGAUGGAGUAUCGGAUUCAGGAAGUGUGAUGGUAGCAAGGCGAGGUGCUGAGUUGGUAUCCGAUACCGAGGACGAUUACGAAUUAUCGCUUCCCCCGUGCGAUUACAUUCGGCAGUUGAAAUCUAGUGAUCAGCUUCGCGAUCUUGCUUUAUUGAUUUCUUGCACUCUGGCUAGUGUUCCUGAUGGAUGUCACGCCAAUAAACUGCGGGCUUUAUUUCAUAACGAUUGGGGUACAACGGUCGAUGAUGCUGUGCAAGCUUGUGGGUAUCCGUCGUUCGAUACAUUUCUCGAGAGUGAAUACAUGAAAGAUUAUGUCGAAGUAAAGAACAUCACCAACAAUUCGAUUAUUUAUGCCGUGAAGGUCACUCCAUCGAUCCAACACAUCACUCAAACUUUGGCUGACCAAAAUCUUAACGCUGAUCAGAUAAAAAUGAAAAGAAAGCGGCAGAGACUAUUAGAAUUGAAGAAAGUUGAAAAUACUGAAGCUUUUAUUGAGGAGCAAUCACGCAUGUUCACAAGUAAGGCAGCAUUAAAAAAUAUUAGACGUGUAUUCUACAAUGAGAUCGAUAUUAUUAGUCAGAAUCCGCUGAUGAUAAAGUUGAAAAGCAGCAAUGUUAAAAUACCUGAAGAGAUAAGUGAAGAAGAUAGAUUGCGAGCUGUUGGAAUUGAAGAUGUCGAAUUACCAUCAUUUUCUAUGUAUGAUUCAAAUGCGGAUGAGAAGAGCAACAGACAACGUAUGUUUUGA